UUGAGGAGGGGGUGCCGGUGACGCCAAGGACUGUGGGGAGGAGGGUGGUGGUGUGGGAGUGAGGGGUUGGGAGAGUUAAGGGACUGGGGACUGAGAACUGUGGAACGCCCAGAGGGUACGGCUCGGGUUAUUGAGGGAGUGGAGGUUAGUCCGGGCCAGAUUGAUUCGUUGUUCCGACUGUAUUUCGCGCGUUUCCACCCAUUUCUACCGCUACUACUCGGUGUUCCACCCACUCGCUUCGCUCGUAGGUGGCGACAGCGAUCUGUGCACGCGACAGCGAUAUGUGCAUGUACACCGCCACUUUGACACAUAGAUGAAAUAAUAAUAUUUGUCGAAACAACAACCCUCUACGAUGCCUUUGAAUAGCGAUCCAAGUCGAGCUGACCGUCUUAUUGAGGCCCGGCAAUUCUACUUGAAACAACCAGAUACUUAUACAAUUACUUGGGUUGCCCGCAAGUUUAAUGUCAACCGUGAGACACUCCGACGACACAUUACUACCCCUCUCUUUCCCCGCGGGGGUCAAAACCGAGUUUUAUCUCAAGAACAAGAUACUGCAGUUUGUCAAUUUAUAUAUGACCAACUUAAGCGUGGGGUCCCUGCAAACCGAUCAAUGGUUUUACGGGCUGUUGCAGACUUGCGACCCGAUCGUACGAUCCCAUCGCAACGGUGGUUACAACGCUUCCUUAAGGCACACCCUGAAUUCCACUCGAUUCAUACGAAGACUUUAAAUACGCAUAGAAAGCAGGCACAAAAGAAAGAGGUGUUUGAGGAAUUUUUCCUUACAUAUAACGCACUUAUUACAAAACACAACAUUAAGCCAUAUAACUUAUGGAAUGUUGACGAGACUGGCUACAUGAUUGGAUGUUAUAAAUCUACAGCUGUUAUUGUGCCGAUUGGCGUAAAGCAAUGGACUGUUGAUAAUCCUGAGAAUCGGCUCUCUGUUACUGUGAUUGAGGGAGUAAAUGCAAGUGGUACAGCAAUUGCAGAAGCCAUUAUCAUUCCGGGGAAACUUCAUAUGGACUCAUGGUAUAAUGAUAACCUUGAGCCAAAUGCUCUUGUUAUCGUUAAUGAGAGUGGGUAUUCAAACGACGACAUUGCAAUUCAAUACCUCAUGCAUUUUAUUCAACUAUCUGCAGAGCAUAUGGCACCAGACGACACCCGCCUCCUAUUACUCGACGGCCAUGACUCUCAUAAACGGAGUGCUUUCUCACAUUAGCAGAAGAGCAUAACAUUGUUAUUUGCUGCCUUCCUGCUCAUACUACGCAUCUACUACAACCUCUUGAUGUAGCAGUUUUUAAGCAGUGCAAACACUUCCAUCAAAAGGCACUUGACCAAG